GGUCGGCGGCACGGUGUACGGCGUGUGUUUGAUCCGAUGAAGCCCGGCUCGGGAUUUAUUCGGGAGCCGGCGACUCGCUUAGCUGCCUUACAGCCGGCACUGAGGAGGAGGAGAUGGGGAAUUCUCUGGGCUGCGUUAAAGAGCCAAAGGAAAAAGCUGUGGGAAAGGCACCCCUGUCUCCCAAAAAAAGGGUCCGCUUUAAACGGAGGCGGAGGGGGAAGAGGAGAGCGAUGCCGGAGGCAGCCCCGCAGGAGGAGCCCCCGGCCCCGGAGGUGGCUGAGGAUGAGGAGGCACUGAAGUGGAAGGCAGCCCCGCGGCAGAAGGGAGGAGAGGAGCCGGUGGGGGGAGACCCCAACCCUGCGUCCCUGCACCCCGGGCUCAUCGUGCAGGUGAAGGAGCGGUUUCAGGGAGAGGUGCAGAAAGCUCGCCUGGUGCUGGAGCCGCGGCAGCCGGCUGCGGCGGGGGCUUCCCCGGAGGAAGGCACCACCGUCAUCGCUCGCUUGCUGGAGAACCCGGCCGAGAAGGGCUGCGAGAAGGCGGUGAGCCGGCUGGUCGAGCUGCAGAGGAGCGGUGCAGGCAAUCGCCGGGCUGUGCUGCUGCCCGUGCGCGGGGACACCGAUGGCCGUACGGAGGGGGUCCUGUCCCCGGUGAGCGCCGUGUCCAGCCAGGAGCCAGCAAAGAGCCGGGAGCCAGGGGCCGGCAGCGCCACGGAUGCCUGGGGGAGAGGAGGCAGCAAUGAUCCCGGCUCCAGCGCCGCGUGGACCUGCUCCUCCACAGCAGAGCCAGGCACUGUUUCGGAGCUGUCUACGCCGUCCCCCAUGGUGGAUCAGCUGGAAAACCCCAGUGUGGGGAGGACCUCAGGGUUGCCAUCGUUUCGGGCUGGGGAGGGAGAUGGGCAUGGACUGCCGGUCUCCCGCAGCCCGUCCUCCUUCAGCGGGCGCAGCGGCGGCGCAGCCUGGAGCUCCUCGGGGUACGGCAGCGACCCGGCACGUCGGCCGGCCAAGGGUGCUGGAGCCAAUGCAACCACGGUGUCUCCUGAAGGUGGCCACAGGCUUGCUGCGGAGGGCUGGGCUCGGAGGGGGAGCUCGGGGACGGCCAGAGGAAUGAUCUCUGACAUCUACAUCAGUGGGGAGUCGGGGGAUAUGUCAGCCAAGGAGAAGCUGCUUCUGUGGACACAGAAGGUGACGGCGGGUUACAUCGGGGUGAAGUGCACCAACUUCUCAUCAUGCUGGAGCGAUGGGAAGAUGUUCAACGCCCUCAUCCACAGAUACAGGCCAGAUCUGGUGGACAUGGAGAGGGUGCAGAUCCAGAGUAAUCGGGAGAACCUGGAGCAGGCCUUUGAGAUCGCCGAGCGGCUGGGGGUCACGCGGCUACUGGAUGCCGAAGAUGUGGACGUCCCCUCUCCGGAUGAGAAAUCCGUGAUAACUUAUGUGUCUUCAAUCUACGAUGCCUUUCCCAAAGUCCCCGAAGGAGGAGAAGGGAUCAGCGCUAUCGAGGUGGAUUCGAGGUGGCUGGAGUACCAGAGCCGCGUGGAGUCCCUCAUCUCGUGGAUCAAGCAGCACACGAUACUCAUGUCAGAUAAAUCCUUCCCCCAGAACCCUGUAGAGCUAAAGGCACUUUAUAACCAGUACAUACACUUUAAAGAAACUGAAAUCCCAGCGAAAGAGCAGGAAAAAGGAAGGAUAGAGGAGCUCUACAAACUGUUAGAGGUAUGGAUUGAAUUUGGACGCAUCAAGUUGCCCCAGGGCUACCACCCCAACGACGUGGAGGAGGAGUGGGGCAAACUCAUCAUAGAGAUGCUGGAGCGCGAGAAGCUCCUGCGGCCGGCGGUGGAGAGGCUGGAAUUGCUGCUACAAAUCGCUAACAAAAUCCAGAAUGGUGCUCUGAGCUGUGAGGAAAAACUCACUCUCGCGAAGAACACGCUGCAAGCGGACGCCGCUCACCUGGAGUCGGGGCAGCCGGUGCAGUACGAAUCCGACGUGGUCGUCUACCUGCAGGAGUGCGAGGGGCUCAUCCGCCAGCUACAGGUGGAUGUGCAGAUCCUUCGGGAUGAGAAUUACUACCAGCUGGAGGAGCUGGUGUUCAGGAUCAUGCGGCUGCAAGACGAGCUGGUGACGCUGAGGCUGGAAUGCACUAACCUGUACAGGAAAGGCCAUUUCUCCACCCUGGAGCUGGCGCCCACUUCCACGCUGAGCACGACGCACUUGAAAGGCGAUUCCCUAACAAAAGGGCUGCACACCUCCUCCGCCUCCUGGUUCCGGAAGCCCAUGACCAGGACAGAGCUGGUGGCCAUCUCCUCUUCAGAAGAUGAAGGCAGCCUCCGGUUUGUGUACGAGCUGCUGGCCUGGGUGGAGGAAAUGCAGAUGAGACUGGAACGGGCAGAGUGGGGGACUGACCUGCCGAGCGUGGAAACCCAGCUGGAGACCCAGCGGCACAUCCAUACCAGUGUGGAGGACCUGGGCUCCAGCGUAAAGGAGGCCAGGAUGUACGAGGGUAAGAUGUCUCAGAAUUUCCGCGCUAGCUACACGGAGACCCUUGGCAAGCUGGAGACACAGUACUGCAAGCUGAUGGAAACCUCGAGCUUCCGACUGAGACACCUCCAGAGCUUGCACAGGUUUGUGUCUCAAGCCACCGCUGAGCUGAUUUGGCUGAAUGAGAAGGAGGAGGAGGAACUGGCCUAUGACUGGAGCGACAACAACCCCAACAUUGCUGCCAAGAGAAACUACUUCUCGGAGCUGACGACAGAGCUGGAGGAGAAGCAGGACGUCUUCCGUUCUCUCCAAGACACGGCUGAGCUGCUGUCCCUGGAGAACCACCCGGCCAAGCAAACCGUAGAGGCCUACAGUGCUGCCGUGCAGACCCAGUGGCAGUGGAUUAAGCAGCUCUGCCUGUGUGUGGAACAGCACGUGAAGGAGAACGCCGCCUAUUUCCAGUUCUUCAGCGAUGCCCGGGAGUCAGAGACCUACCUGCGCAACCUGCAGGACUCCAUCAAAAGGAAGUAUUCUUGCGACCAUAACACGAGCUUGACGCGGCUGGAGGACCUGCUGCAGGACUCCAUGGACGAGAAGGAGCAGCUUAUUCAGUCGAAGAGCUCCGUCGCCAGCCUGGUGGGACGGUCCAAAACCAUCGUUCAGCUCCGGCCCAGGAACCCGGAGCACCUUGUGAAGAGCACCAUCCCCAUCAAGGCCGUUUGUGACUAUCGGCAGAUCGAGAUCACCAUCUGCAGGAACGACGAGUGCGUGCUGGAGGACAAUUCCCAGAGGACCAAGUGGAAGGUGAUCAGCCCCACGGGAAACGAGGCCAUGGUGCCUUCUGUCUGCUUCCUGAUCCCCCCGCCCAACAAAGAGGCCAUCGAGAUGGCCAACAGGGUAGAACAGUUGUACCAGAAAGUGAUGGCGCUCUGGCACCAGCUCCACAUGAACACGAAGAGCCUCAUCUCCUGGAAUUACCUGCGGAAGGACAUAGCCCUGGUGCAAAGCUUCAGCGUGGAAAAGCUGAGAUCCUUAGCGCAAGGGGAAUGCCAGCAAGCCAUGAAGAGCCUCCAGGCGCACUACGAGGACUUCCUGCAGGACAGCCGGGACUCGGAGCUCUUCUCGGUGUCGGACCGGCUGCGCCUGGAGGAGGAAGUGGAGUCUUCCAAGGAACACAUCCGGCAGCUGCUGGAGUCCAUGGAGAACGAAGACAAGGAUGAGACCGUUGCCAGGACGUAUCUCUCUGAGCUGAAGAAUAUCCGUCUGCGCCUGGAGGAGUGUGAGCAGAGGCUAGUGAGCCGAAUCCAGUCCCCGAGCAGCGCCCGAGCAGAUGGUGAUACUAUCCAGGAAAACACCAUCCGCAUUGCAGAGCAGGAGCGCAUGCAGGAGGAUCUGCAGCGGCUGCAGUCGGACCUGCGGUUUGUCUCGGAGACGUGCUACAGCUUCCUCGACAGGGCGCCCGCGGGGCCCAGCACGCCCCACUUGUGUUCGGAACUUGACCUCGUGGUGAACAAGAUGGACCAGAUGUAUGGGCUCUCUUCCAUCUACCUGGACAAGUUGAAGACGGUUGAUGUUAUUAUCCGUAACACCCAAGGGGCAGAAUCUCUGGUCAAAGGGUACGAGGUGAAGCUGAGCCAAGAGGAGGCAGUUCCCGCUGACCUGGCCGCCAUUCAGUCGCACAGAGUGGCCUUGCAGCAAUGGCUCGGGGAAGUGAAGGACAAGAGCUGCGUCUUCUCCACGUUGGAGGAGGAGAUGGCAAAGGCGAAGGCGGUGGGAGAGCAGCUGUACCGGCUGCGGCAAGAGCGCAGCAUCGACCUCGAGCGCUACCAGGAGAAGGGGAGCCAGCUGUGGGAUCGCUGGCAGCGCGUCUGCACCCAGAUUGAGACCCGCCAUGGAGAGCUGGAGAGCAUCCAGGAGGUGCUGAGUGAUUACCGGCAGUGCCACAGUGCCCUAAUCCAGUGGAUCGAGGAGAUUACGGUCCAGCAGGAGCUGAUGAAGCCUGGGCAGGCGGAGGACAGCCGGGUGCUGUCGGAGCAGCUGAGCCAGCAAACGGCUUUGGCUGCAGAAAUUGAGAAAAAUCAAGCCAAACUGGACCAGUGUCAGAAAUUCUCCCAGCAAUACUCGGCUGCCGUCAAGGACUACGAGCUGCAGCUCAUGACGUACCGGGCGUUUGUCGAGUCGCAGCAGAAGUCCCCCAUGAAACGCCGGCGCAUGCUCUCGUCCUCGGAUGCCAUCACGCAGGAGUUCAUGGAUUUGCGGACUCGCUAUACAGCUCUGGUGACGUUAACCACGCAGCACGUGAAGUACAUCAGCGAUGCUCUCCGGCGGCUGGAGGAAGAGGAGAAAGUGGUGGAGGAGGAGAAGCAGGAGCAUGUGGACAAGGUGAAGGAACUCCUGGGCUGGGCCCUGGGCGUGAAGCAGAGCGUGCAGGGCAGGACGGCUGCUGCUGGGAGCAGAGAGCUGGGCGACAUCGAGAAAUCCAUCUCGGAGCAGCAGGCCCUGAAUGAGGAGUUGGCUGCGAAGAAGGAGCAGAUCUCUGAGGCCAUCAAAACUUCACAAAUCUUCCUGGCAAAGCACAGCCACAAGCUUUCCCAACCGGAGAAGGAACAGAUUUCCGCUCAGAUCGAUGCUCUGAAGGAGACCUACCAGGCGCUCUGCAGCGACUCCACGGAGCAGCUCCAGCAGCUCCAGAGCCAGCUGGCUCAGGAGACAGAGCACAAGGGCAGCGAAGCAGUGGCAGGAGUGAUCGAUCUUGGCACGGUAGAAAUAUUUCCUGUCUUUGGUGCCAUGCAGAGAGGUCUUAUAGAUCAAGACACUGGCCUCGUCCUCUUGGAGGCCCAGGUUAUCACAUCUGACUUAGUUGUUCCAGAGACCAAUGAGAAACUCUCCUUGGAGAAAGGUCUGGCAAGAAACAUCAUCGAUCUCAGGACGUUCCAGGUGCUGCAGGAAUUGAAGGAUGCUCUCGACAGGGUGGAGGAAGUCAGAUGUGAAGGGAGGCAGCUCCUACCCGUCGUUGCUGCGAUAGAAGAGGGGAGGAUCAGUGAGAGCGUUGGCCUAAAGAUCCUUGAAGCUGAGCUUGUCACCGGGGGCUUUAAAGCCCAUCAGGGCAGAAUCAGCAUGGAGACAGCGGUGCAAGAAAAGCUUCUUACCCCCAAGCUUUGUUCCAGGCUUCUGUCUCACCUGGAGAGCGGCAAGGAUUUGAUUGACCCCAACACUGCUGAGAAAAUCAGUCUGCCUGAGCUCGUGCACCGAUGCAUCGUCCACCAGGAGACUGGACUGAGGCUGCUCCCCGUCAAGCAGCUGGCGGGUGGGAUGGUGAGCUUGAAAUCAGGCAGAAAAGUCAGCAUUUUCCGUGCCGUCCAGGAAGGGCUGAUAGACAGGCAGGUAACGGUCAGGUUGCUGGAAGCCCAGCUCUUUGCUGGUGGCAUUAUUGACCCCAGGACAGGGCACAGGCUGACUGUGGACGAGGCUGUGAGACAUAAUUUAAUUGACCAGGAUUUGGCAUGCACACUUCUUGUCCGGCAGCUUCAGACAGGCGGCAUCAUCGACACCGUCACAGGAGAGAGACUGACAAUUGAUGAAGCUGUAAGGAAAGAGUUGGUAGCACCGAGGAUUGCACUGGUGGUCCUGGAAUCCCUCUGGUCCUUCAUGGGGCUCCUGUGGCCAGAGACGGGGGAGAUUGUCCCAGUUGCAGAUGCUUUAGAGCAAGGAAUCCUGUCUACAGAGUUGGUUUACAAGAUUCUCAGCAAAAGGCAACUCAUUAAGGCUGUCUUUAUACCAGAAACCACUGAGGUGUUGUCCUGGAAGAAAGCAGUUGAACAUGGCAUCUUGGAGAGAGAUGUGGUGCAGAAGCUGAAAUCAACAGUCAUACCUGAUGUCAUGGCCAGCGUGCAGCUUACUGGCUCUCCAAGCAGAAGCAGGCAUGGCCAGAGCUCUCCUGGGAGGAGUCCCACAAGUCACAAAGAGCAAAGUGACCCUCUGCUAAGGUGUGAGGACGAAAGGCUGAUGUUCCACUUAAUGACCCACAGCUACAUCAACAUCCACGAUGGCCAGAAGCUGCUCUUAGUAGAUGGAGAGUUGAACAAUCUCACUAAAGCCCUCAUCCAAAUGCAAGAAAAUGGAUCCCGCGCGCACAUGUUGGAAGAGAGUGAAAGCUUUGAGGAGACAAAGACAGAUGCAGCUCUUGAAAGAGAGCCUUGCAAUGGCUUGGCUUCACAGCAGCUUGAGUUCCAAUUUGCUCCUUCAAAAGAAGAAAGCCAAAAGGUCCUACCACCCAGAACUGCUUUGGAGAAUGGGGAGGUGGUGAUGGGACCUGAAAGCCUCCUGUUAGAGGAUGCCAAAGAUAUCCUGCUUGUGGAGGAGCAAAAGCAGAUUUAUACUGAACAGGCUACCAUCAAGAGUGAAAAUGAUGCUGAACUUGCAAGACAGCAAGUAGCUUCUGCAAGCAAGGACAGACAUCGGGUAAAAUUAUCAAUGCCAGGACGUCCCGAUGACCUUGAUAGUGGCCUCAGAGAAACGGAGGAAAUAAUGAUGGAGGCAGAAGAGUCCAAGCCUGCUACAGUAGAUGGAGCGGAAAGUAUCAAAGAUCAGAAGAUGGCAUCGGAAAGUGGGACAGUUGUUGUGAAAAGUGAAAUCUGCAUAUCGAUGGAUGUUCCAGAAAGUAGAGAGAGACUGCAAAUCAUGGCAGAGGGGUCUCAGGGUGUGGAGGAACCUGAACUAGAGGCAGAAGAUGUUAGAGAGAUUUACAUGCCAAACGAGGAAACAGUUGAGAAUGGUGUGCUGGGAGCAGAUGAGGUUGUGCUCCCUGAAACUGGAGAGGCAGAACAAACAGAGAGGCAAAGUGAAAACAUUGAAAGUGUAUUGGAAGUGCAAGAAGGAGAAGGGGAAGAAGUAUUAGAUGAUGAGAGUGUUGGUGACACGUACCUGCCAGCCCCUGCAGAGCAGGAAGCAGAGGACACUUUGGAAAUGCUGUUGGUGCAGCUCCAAAGUGGUGGCAUAAUCCAUGAGCAGACAGGGAAGACGCUUCUUCUCAAUGAAGCAGUGGCCCAUGGGGUGGUGCCCAGCCACACAGCUGUGAAACUAAUGGAGAAAAUGAAGAUGUUCAGUGGCUUCUUUGACUCGCAUACACGUGAAUCGUUAACCACUGAGGACGUCAUUGAAGAAGGUCUGAUGGAUGAGAACCUUCUCCAGAAGGUACUCACGUCUGACAAAGCGAUAAGUGGUGUUCUUGACCCAGGCAAUAACUUUGUCUACUCUAUCAAGGAUGCUGCUGCAGUUGGCCUUCUGGACAAGGAAACGGCAAUGAGGAUCUUGGAAGGGCAAGUUGUUACUGGAGGGAUCGUUGACUUGAAACGUGGCAAAAAAGUAUCGGUCACUUUGGCUUCAAAUCUGGGCCUCAUAGAGCCAACAAGUCAGAAAGAGCUGGUCAAGCUGGAGAAGGCUUCCAAAGGGAAAGGCACUGAUGAGGUGACCAGACAGAAGCUCAUUAGCUUACAGGCUGAGACCAGUGGAAUUGUGGAUCCUAAAACCAAGCAGCCUUUGACUGUUGCAGAGUCUGUUGAAAAAGGACUCCUGAAAAAGGAAGAAGCUUUUCAACUCUUGACCAAGCAGAUUGCUGAUGGAGGAAUCAUCCACCAUGUGUCUGGAAUGAGGCUUUCAGUAAACGACGCAGAGAAACAUGGUUUGAUCCAUCAAGAUUUAUGCAACGAACUCGCGAAAGCUGAAAGCGUGUGCCUGCAGGACUACGUUCAUCCAGUUACAAAGGAGAAACUGCCCUUGCCCCAGGCAGUAUCGUUAGGGCUGCUUAGUCUGGACUUCCAGAGGAAAGUGCAAGAAAUCCAGGCUGGGAGCGGUAGCAUUUUUGAUCCUGCUUCUGGCCAGAGACUGGCACUCUGUCAAGCAGUAAAGCAGGGCUUGUUGCCCGAGCAGGUUAUGGAGAAAGUCCUGUCAUCUUCAGAAAUGAAAGAAGGAAUUGUAGAUCCUGAGACCUGCAUGAUCGUUCCCUACUCGGAGUUCACAAAGAAGUGUAAAAUCGACAUUGAAUCUGGCCAGCGGUAUCUGGAAGUCCAUCCCUUCAGAGCCAUCAAGGAUGAGGUGACGGGGCACAAGCUCACGUGCGCUGAGGCGGUGAGGCUGAGGAAGGUGGACCUUCUGCCCACACUGCGGUUGCUGCAGGCGCAGGCAGACAGCGGGGGGGUCGUGGAGGGGACCGUCAGCCAGAGGCUCUCCCUGAGGGCUGCGGUGGAGCAAGGGCUGCUGGAUGAGGAGAUGGCCAAACUCAUCGCCACCAACCAGAUGAGGACUGGGGGAAUUGUUGAUGCUGGUAGUGGGAAACGACUGACCUUAAAGGAAGCUGUUGAAAAAGAACUGGUUAGCCAAAAAUUAGCUGCUGGUCUUCAAGAGGUGCAAAUAGCCAAAGACAAAUAUGGUUCUGAGGUCUGCCAAGUAGGUAAAUUCCACCUUUUCCAGGAAAAAAUGGAAAAAAAAUCUCCAAAAGAGGAAGAUGUCAUUGCCUCUACCAGUGUUGCUAAGAAGUCUGAUGGUGCUGAGCACAAAGCUGGAUCUGAAGCCGUGAGCUACAAUGUGGCUGGGGGUGCAGCCACCGCCACCGAGAGAUCUCCAGUGACACCGACAGAAGGGAAAUCAAAACCUCAGGAAACUUCAGAGGAUGGCAUAACACAUCAUCCUCAAGAAAAGGUUGAACUGACUCCAGAAUACCCCCCAGUAUUAGGUACAGCAUCUCUCCCCGAAGAGACGGUGGUAGUAAGGGCUGUGGAAAAAGGGAUUGCAAAAAGCAGCUUCCAGGUGGGAGCAGCUCAGGGGGAGGCAUCAAGGAGAGAAGCAGAUCGAGGGACAGAGAAAGCAGAGGGACUGGAGAAAGAGCAGUUGUUCUUGGACAUGGACGUGCUUCACAGAGUGGAGGACAGCGAGGAGAGGAGGAGGAGGAGAGCAUUUGUAAGUGCAGAGGGAGUUGUGGGAGGUGAAGAAGGUGCAGUGGUGGCUUCUGAGCAAGGAGAGCGAGCGGGCAGCCUGGAUGGGGUGACCCCGGCAGCCCCGAAGGAAUCUGUUACUGUGGGUCGAGGGAAGGGAAAGAUGCGCCCUACAGAGUCUGGAGAACCCCCUGGGACUGGCAUCCCUGUGAAGCCUGCAGGAGAUAAGCUUGCAGGUAAAAAAACUGUCAGGCACAUUGAAGGAGAAACCCCAAGACUGGGUGCAGAAGGUCCAGUUGAUCAAGAACAAGUAAGUGAAACUGAGCUAAAACCUACCCAAAAGCAGAAAAGCAAGAAAAAGAAAGCAAAGCAGACAGGUAUCCCAGGAGGCGGUGCUCAGCCAGAGAAGUCUUCUGUGGAAAAGCAGUCCCUCCCUUUUCCGAUUUCCAAAGAAACUCCAGGGAAGGAGGAGGAUGGGGACUUUGUCUCAGGCAUGCCAGAACCAGAACAUGAAACCACCACCAAGAUUACUGCUGGGUUGGCAAGAGAGGCGGCCAAGCCCAGGGGGAGCCGCAGGGAUGAAAAAGAAAAGAAAACAGUUUCUGAGAAAGACAAAGAAAAGCUCGUGGGGGGUCAGGUGUCCCCUGUUCCCCCAGGACAAGGGGAAACUCGAGAGGUGACGAAAGGUGGGAUCAGAAAUGGUCACGAUUCCUCAGUGGCAUUUAGCCUGGAGGAGAGGAUGACCCAGGAAAACACCAAGGUGGAAACCGCCGGUGACGUGGCCAGUGCAGCCCCUGCAGCAGGCGAACUGCCCGGUGAAUUAAUUAUCAGAGAGGAACCCAGAGAAGUUCAGGAAACCUCCACAGUCCUUGAGCUUGGAGAAGAGACACGGGAAGAGCAAGCAAUGGAGAUCAGCACAGACCAAGCCCCUGUUCCUCCAAAAUCCCAAGGAGAAACACCCCCGGAGAGGACCAGGCAGCCGGGUCCUGGCGAUCGGGGCUUGCUCUUACCUGUGAUAGUGGAGGGAGAGCUGCUGGAAACCUCGAGGGAAUCCACGAGACCAGCCCAGAUCAUGUUCAGCAAGAAGAUGUGUCUGGAGCAUGACGAGAAGCUGAUAUCCUAUCUCUCCAUGCUCCGAGAUAUCGAGAUGAGAAUCAAACGGGUGCAGCCGGCGGAGCAGAAUUUGGCAGCCCUGCACGACCUGCUGCAGCAGGCGGAGGCCCUGGGCGCCGAGCUGCAGGAGCUGAGCUUCCCAGUGAAUCAGGAGUUGGACGCCGUGAAGUGGAUUGUGGCCAACCCCCCUGAAGAAGUCCCUGAGCAAUUACUGAAGGCUUUGGAGAAGGAUGCCAAGAACCUCCAGAAGUCUCUGAGCUCCGCCAGUGAUGUCCUGGAGUCCCGGCUGCAAAACCUUCGCGGGGCAGCAGAGACUGAAAAGGCUAAAAUCCUGGCACAUCAUGAGACUCUCCAGGGCAAACUCCAGGAGCUGCUGAGCUGGGUCUCUGGCACAGCAGAGUCGCUGGACGGCAGCGAUUACCCCCACGCGACUGAUGCCAGCAGCUUGAGUCGCUGCCUCCAGCACUACAAGGAGCUGAAGGAGCCCCUCGCAGACAUCAAGUCUCAGCUCGACGCUACUGCCUUCGACAUCCAGUUCCUUAUCUCGGAGCACGCCCAGGACUUGACCCCUCAGCAGAGCAGGCAGCUGCUGAGGCUGCUCAAUGAGCUGCAAAAGGCUUUCCGGGACCUGUCGGAGCGUGUGACGGCUCGGGUGGAGGUCCUGCAGGUCUGUCUCCAGCAAGUGGAGCAGACGGAUCAGGUGAAGACGCUGCAGGAGCAGCAGGCAGCCCGGGCGCAGAGCCUGGCCGAGCUGAGCCGCUGGCUGUGCCAGGCAGAGGACGCGCUGGCAGAGCAGCAGAGAGCAGCCAGCGAAGGCGACCUGUCCGCCUUGCAGCAGAGGCAAAGCGACGUUAAGGAGCUGCAGAGGAGCAUGCACACCCGAGCCGCCUCCUUCGCCAGCGUCCUGAAAAGCACAGAGGAGUUUUUGGAGGAGAACAAGGCGAAGAUGGAGCCUGGGGAGCUGGCAGCACUGCAAGAGAAGCUCCAGCAUGCCAAGGAGCAGUACCGGUCCCUGCAGGAGAGGACGGAGGUGGCCCAGAAGGAGCUGGAGAGCGCUGUGACUGCUGCAGUGCAGCAGGAGACUGAAAAGGUGAAAGCUGCCAAAGAGCUGGAGGAGAACAGCAAUAAGAUCGAUUCCCUUUUGAACUGGGUGGCAUCGCUGGAGCAGAAGGGAGAGCUCCUGGAGUACAGACCGCACCCCAUCGAGCAAGCGCCAGGGGUGCGAGGGGGGACAGGCCCUCAGGAUGUCCCCGAUGGCCACGUCGUGGGAGCAGACAGCGCUGCUGAGAGCCUGGAUGAGCAGUACGAGAGGCUGAAGGCCCAGCACCAGGAGCUGCUGUCCCAGCAGCAGGACGUCAUUCUGGCCACGCAGUCGGCGCAGGCUUUCCUGGACAAGCAUGGCCACAGCCUGGCUGGGGAGGAGCGGGACCGGCUCCAGGGCCAGCUGGCAGAGCUGAAGGACCAGUACGCAGCUUCUCUCUCACAGUCGGAAACGCGGCUGAAGCAAGUGCAAGUCCUGCGGGACGAGCUGCAGAAGUUCUUGCGGGAUCACGAGGAGUUUGAAGCUUGGCUGAAGCAAGCGGAGCAAGAUCUGGAGGGGAUGUACAAGGGGGACAGCGACCCCGCGGCCCUCCGGCAGCUGCUCCUGCGGCAGGGGAGCUUCUCAGAAGAUGUGAUCUCCCACAAAGGCGACCUGCGGUUUGUUACCAUGUCGGGGCAGAAGGUGCUGGACGUGGAGGGAGCUGCUGGGGAUGCAGGGUCCCAGUCACUGAUGUCUGGGAGCGUGGUCAAGAGCAAGCUGGAGGAUGCGACACAGCGGUACACCACGCUGCACUCCAAGUGCACCAAGCUUGGCUCCCACCUGAACACCUUGCUGGACCACUACCAGCAGUUCCAGGAGGUGGCAGAGUCUCUCAGGACGUGGCUGCAGGAGAGCGAAGCUGCCGUUGGGAAACUGCUCUCGGAGACGGUUUCUUCAGAUCCGGCCGUUCUGCAAAAGCAGCUCGCCAGCGCUAAGCAGCUGCAGGGAGACCUCGCUGAGCAUCAGGUGCCGGUGGAGAAGCUCCAGAAAGCGGCUCGGUCCCUGCUGGAGGUGCAAGGGGAGCCAGCCCCGGACCACGGGCACAUUCAGGAAACAACAGAUGCCAUCGUCAGCCGCUUCCAGAGCCUCUCCCAGCAGAUGGCCGAGCGCUCGGACCUGCUGCAGAAAUCCAUCGCCCAGUCCCAGAGCGUCCAGGAGAGCCUGGAGAGCCUCCUCCAGUCGGUGGCUGAGAUCGAGAAGAGCCUGGACGGAGAGCAGCCGGCCGCGCUCUCCUCCGCAUCCAUCCAGGACUCGCUUGCCACAAGCAUGAAGCUGAAGCAGGACAUCGCCAGGCAGAAGAGCUGCCUGGAAGCCACCCGUGAGAUGGUGACGCGGUUCACGGAGGCAGCAGACAGCCCCACGGCCUCUGCCCUGCAGGGCAAGCUGGCAGAGGUGACGGAGCAUUUUGGCAGGCUGUGCCAGCAGCAGCGGGAGAGGGAGGACACGCUGAAGGGGCUCCUCCCAAAGGUUGAGCAGUACGAGCAGCUCUCGGAGAAAUUGCAGCAGUUCACGGAGAGCAGAGCGCGGAUGUUGGCAUCCGGGAACCAGCCGGACCGCGACAUCGCUCGCUUCUCCCAGCACAUCCAGGAACUGAAUUCGGAGAUGAAGCAGCACCAGGAGGACCUGGCCACCCUGGAGCAGCUGGCUGCGGAGCUGGGCUCCUGCGGCUUCGCCCCCGGCGCCUGCCAGCAGCAGGAGAAGCUGCAGACCCUGAAGAAGGACUUCCUGCAGCUGCAGAAGGUGGCAAAAGAGAGAGAAAAGGAUGCGUCGUCCUGCCAGGAGCAACUGGAUGAAUUUCGGAAGCUGGUCGGGGCCAUGAGGAAGUGGCUGAAGGAGAGCGAAGGCAAAAUGCCGCCCGCUGAGACCUCCCUGGGCACCCAGGAGCUGCACAAGUGCCGGCAGCAGAUCCAGGAUCUCCUGGAGGAGUGGAAGGGGAAGGGGGCCCAGGUGGAGGAGAUCGGCCGCAGAGGGACCCUCCUGGAGAACCUGAUCGUGGAGAUUACAGCCCCCGACACCCCGUCCAAGGCAGGUGCCGCGCUGCCCGCGCCGGGAGGGUCGGUAGGCAGCGUGAACGGAUACCACACGUGCAAAGAUCUGACCGAGAUCCAGUGCGAUGUGUCGGACGUGAGCCAGCAGUACCAGGGCCUUGGCGCGGCGCUGCGGGAACGCCAGCAGCAGCUCUCGGCUAUGCUGGAGAAGAUGCAAGAAGUGCAGGAGGAGGCCAGCUCCAUGCUGAAGUGGCUGGAGUCGAAGGAACGAACACUGUCGGAGCUGGACGCCUCCUCCUCGCCCACCAAGACGGAGACGAUGAGAGCCCAGGCUGAGCACAACAAGGCGUUUCUGGCUGAAUUGGAACAGAAUUCAGGGAAGAUCCAGAAGGUAAAGGAAGCACUUUCUGGCUUGCUGGAGAAAUACCCAGAUUCUCCAGAAGCAGCGAACUGGAAGAAGAUGCAGGAGGACCUGAAUUGCAGGUGGGAAAGAGCCAGCCAAGCGACGGCCGAGCGGCAGCAGAAGCUGGAGGAGUCGGCGAACCAGCUGGCCAGCUUCCAGGCUGCCGAAGCCCAGCUGCGCCCUUGGCUGAUGGAGAAGGAGCUGAUGAUGAGCGUGCUGGGACCCCUCUCCAUCGACCCGAACAUGCUGAACGCGCAGAAGCAGCAGGUCCAGUUUAUGCUGAAGGAAUUUGAAGCCCGCAGACAACAGCAUGAGCAGCUCAACCAGGCAGCUCAGAGCAUCUUCACUGGCCCUGGAGAUGUUUCUCCAUCCACCAGCCAGGUGCGGGAAGAACUCCAAGGGGUUAAUCAGAAAUGGUCCGAGCUAACAGAACGCCUCAACUCCCGCUCCAGCCAAAUUGACCAAGCCAUAGUGAAGAGCACCCAGUACCAGGAGCUCCUCCAGGGCCUCUCUGAGAAGGUGAAGGCAGUUGGGCAGCGCCUGAGCAGCCAGUCUGCCGUCAGCACCCAGCCCGAUGCCGUGAAACAGCAGCUGGAGGAAACCAGUGAGAUCCGCUCGGACCUGGAGCAGCUGGAAGAGGAGAUCGCAGAGGCCCAGACCCUCUGCGAUGACCUCUCUGUGCUGAUUGGGGAGCAGUAUCUCAAAGAUGAGUUAAGGAAACGUCUGGAGACGGUGGCGCUUCCACUCAAAGGGCUGGAAGACCUGGCAGCCGACCGGAUGAACCGACUGCAGACUGCGCUUGCGAGUUCCCAGCAGUUCCAGCAUAUGUUUGAUGAACUCAGGACCUGGCUAGAUGACAAACUGUGCCAGCAAGCUCAGAGCCAACCUAUUUCUGCUAAACUGGAGAGGCUACAGAGCCAAAUUCAGGAACAAGAAGAGUUCCAGAAGAGCCUCAACCAACACAGUGGCUCCUACGAGAUGAUUGUAGCCGAGGGAGAAUCUUUGCUGCUUUCUGUCCAGCCUGGGGAGGAGAAGACCACUCUGCAAAACCAGUUGGUCAGCCUCAAAACACACUGGGAAGAGCUCAGCAAACAGGCUGCUGAUAGACACUCUAAGCUCAAGGACUGUUUGCAGAAAGCUCAGAAGUAUCAACGGCACACGGAGGACCUCCUCCCUUGGGUGGAGGACUGCAAGGCAAAGAUGUCAGAACUGGAGGUAACCCUGGACCCGGUGCAGCUGGAGGCGACUCUUCUGAGAUCAAAGGCUAUGCUGAGUGACGUGGAGAAGCGCCGCUCCUUGCUGGAGAUGCUGAACAGCGCUGCCGACAUCCUGAUUGAUGCUUCUCAAACCGAUGAGGAUGACAUUCGGGAUGAGAAGGCGGGGAUCAAUCAGAAGAUGGAUGCCAUCACAGAAGAGCUGCAAGCCAAGACGGGCUCCAUCGAAGAAAUGUCGCAGAGGCUCAAGGAGUUUCAAGAGAGCUUCAAGAACAUUGAGAAGAAGCUGGAAGGGGCGAAGCACCAGCUGGAGAUCUAUGAUGCACUGGGGCCACAAGCCUGCAGCAACAAGAAUUUGGAGAAGCUUAGGGCGCAGCAGGAGGUGCUGCAGGCCCUGGAGCCACAAGUGGAUUAUCUGAAAAACUUCACUCAAGGUCUAGUAGAAGAUGCCCCAGAUGGAUCCGACUGUUCUCAGCUCUUAAGCCAAGCUGAGGUGGCUCAGCAGGACUUCAAAGCUGUGAAGCAGAAAGUAAAUGACUGCUGUACGCUCAUGGAAAACAAGCUUGAAGGCAUUGGCCAAUUCAGUAAUCGGGUGAGGGAGAUGUUCUCUCAACUGGCGGAUCUCGAUGAUGAGCUAGACAGCAUGGGCCCCAUUGGGAGAGACUCUGACAGCCUUCAGUCCCAAGCAGAAGAUGUUCGCAUGUUCCUGGGUAAACUCCACAGGCUGAAGUCUGACAUCGAAGCUUCUGAAAGUGAAUGUAAGAAGAUGCUGGAGGACGAAGGGAGCCCUGAUUUAUUAGGACUGAAACGUGAGUUGGAAACACUGAAUAAACAGUGCAGCAAACUGACAGAGAGAGGCAAGAACCGUCAGGAGCAGGUAGAAACGACACUGUCUCGUGUCGAGGACUUCUACGGCAGGCUGAAGGAGUUGACCCACAUGACAACCGCGGCGGAGGAGAACGAGGCGUUGCAGUGGGUGGUGGGAACUGAGGUGGAAACCAUCAACCAGCAGUUGGCAGACUUCAAGCUGUUCCAGAAGGAGCAAGUGGAUCCUCUCCAGCUAAAACUACAGCAAGUCAAUGGAGUUGGUCAAGGACUCAUACAAAGCGCCGGGAAAAACUGUGACGUCCAAGGGCUGGAGCAUGACAUGGAAGAAAUCAACACCCGCUGGAACACCCUCAACAAGAAGGUGGCCCAAAGAGUUGCCCAGCUGCAAGAGGCCCUGUUGCACUGCGGGAAGUUUCAGGACGCCUUGGAGCCGUUGCUGAGCUGGCUGGCGGACACUGAGGAGCUCAUCUCCAACCAGAAACCUCCCUCCGCAGAGUACAAGGUGGUGAAAGCCCAGAUCCAGGAGCAGAAGCUGCUCCAGCGACUCCUGGAUGAUCGCAAAGCCACCGUGGAGAUGAUCCAAGCGGAGGGCGGCAGGAUCGCGCAGUCGGCCGAGCCUGCAGAUCGGGAGAAGAUCGUGGGGCAGCUGGAGAGCCUGGAGCGGCGCUGGGCAGGGCUGCUGGGCAGAGCGGCCGGCAGGCAGAAGCAGCUGGAGGACAUCCUGGUCCUGGCGAAACAGUUCCACGAAACCACAGAGCCUGUGUCGGACUGGCUCUCGGUGACAGAGAAGAAGUUGGCCAACUCGGAGCCCAUCGGUACCCAGACUGCCAAAAUCCAGCAGCAGAUCAGUCGGCACAAGGCUCUAGAGGAAGAGAUAGAGAGCCACGCGGCCGACGUGUCUCGGGCGGUCGGUGUCGGGCAGUCCCUCUCCUCCCUGAGCUGUGCCGCUGAGCGGAGGCUGCUGGCAGAGAAACUAGACUCUCUGCAGAGCCGCUACGGCGAGGUCCAGGACCGGUGCUGCCGAAAGGCAGCGCUGCUGGAUCAGGCGCUGUCUAACGCCCGGCUCUUUGGGGAGGAGGAGGUGGAAGUGCUCAACUGGCUGGCUGAGGUCGAGGACAAGCUCGGCUCGGUAUCCGUAAAGGAUUACAAACGGGACGUCCUGCAGAAGCAGCAUGCCGACCAGCUGGCUUUGAACGAGGAAAUCGUGAACAGGAAGAAGAACGUGGACCAAGCCAUUAGAAACGGGCAAGCUCUCCUGAAGCAAACCACAGGGGAGGAGGUGUUGCUGAUCCAGGAGAAGCUGGAUGGAAUCAAGACCCGCUACUCGGACAUCACGGCCGCCAGCUCCAAGGCGCUGCGCACGCUGGAGCAGGCUCGGCAGCUGGCCACCAAGUUCCAGUCCACGCACGAGGAGCUCACCAGCUGGAUGAGCAAAGUGGAGGACGAGCUGGCCUCCAGCGGGGGACAGUCCCCCGCCGGCGAGCAGAUACCCCAGUUCCAGCAGAGGCAAAAGGAGCUGAAGAAGGAGGUGAUGGAGCACAGGCUGGUCCUGGACACGGUGAACGAGGUGAGCCGAGCUCUCUUGGAGCUGGUUCCCUGGCGAGCCCGUGAAGGGCUGGAUAAACUCGUGUCGGACACCAACGAGCGCUACAAACUGGUCAGCGACACCGUCAAGCAGAGGGUGGAGGAAAUCGAUGCUGCUAUUCAGAGAUCUCAACAGUACGAGCAGGCGGCCGACGCAGAGCUGGCCUGGGUGGCCGAGACCAAUCGGAAGCUGAUGGCCCUCGGUCCCAUCCGCCUGGAGCAGGACCAGACGACGGCUCAGCUGCAGGUGCAGAAGGCUUUUUCCAUCGACAUUAUUCGGCACAAAGACUCUAUGGAUGAACUGUUCAGCCAGCGCAAUGAGAUCUUUGGGACAUGUGGGGAGGAACAAAAAGCUGUUCUCCAGGAGAAAACCGAGUCCCUGGUGCAGCAGUACGAAGCCGUCAGCCAGCUCAACUCGGAGCGCUAUGCACGCUUGGAGCGCGCCCAGGUCCUGGUCAACCAGUUCUGGGAGACCUACGAGGAGCUGAACCCGUGGAUCGAGGAGACACAAACCCUCAUCUCCCAGCUGCCCCCCCCGGCCAUCGAUCACGAGCAGCUCAAGCAGCAGCAGGAGGACAUGAGGCAACUGAGAGAGUCCAUUGCUGAGCAUAAGCCUCAUAUUGACAAGCUGCUGAAAAUCGGACCACAGCUCAAGGACCUCAACCCCGAGGAAGGGGAGAUGGUGCAGAAAAAAUACUCGACGGCCGAGGCCAUGUAUGCCAAAAUCAAGGAGGAGGUGUGCCAGCGGGCUCUCGCCCUCGACGAAGCCGUCUCGCAGUCCACCCAGUUCCACGAUAAGAUCGAGCCCAUGCUGGAGACGCUGGAGACCCUCUCCUCCCGCCUGCGCAUGCCGCCCCUCAUCCCUGCCGAGGUCGAUAAGAUCCGGGAGUGCAUCAGCGAGAACAAAAAUGCCACAGUGGAGCUGGAGAAGCUGCAGCCCUCCUUCGAGGCUCUGAAACGCCGUGGGGAAGAGCUGAUCGGGCGAUCGCAGGGAGCGGACAAGGACCUGGCAGCAAAAGUAAUCCAGGAUAAGUUGGAUCAGAUGGUCUUCUUCUGGGAAGACAUCAAAGCUCGGUCGGAGGAACGUGAAAUGAAGUUCGUUGAUGUCCUGGAGCUUGCAGAGAAGUUCUGGUACGACAUGGCAGCCCUCCUGACCACCAUCAAAGACACACAGGAAAUCGUUCACGACCUGGAGAGCCCAGGCAUUGACCCCUCCAUCAUCAAGCAGCAGGUGGAAGCGGCGGAGACUAUUAAAGAAGAGACAGACGGCUUGCAUGAAGAGCUGGAGUUCAUCCGCCUCCUCGGAACUGAUUUAAUUUUUGCCUGUGGCGAAACUGAGAAACCAGAAGUGAAAAAGAGCAUUGAUGAGAUGAACAACGCGUGGGAAAAUCUAAACAAAACGUGGAAGGAGAGGCUUGAAAAGCUUGAAGAAGCCAUGCAGUCGGCUGUGCAGUACCAAGAUACACUUCAAGCCAUGUUUGACUGGUUGGAUAACGCCGUCAUCAAGCUCUGCAACAUGUCUCCCGUCGGCACUGACCUCAGCACGGUUAAGGAGCAAAUGAACGAGAUGAAGGAGUUUAAAAUGGAGGUUUACCAGCAGCAGAUUGAGAUGGAAAAGCUUAAUCACCAAGGUGAACUGAUGCUAAAAAAAGCUGCAGAUGAGACAGACAGAGACAUCAUAAAGGAACCACUGACAGAGCUGAAACAUCUCUGGGAGAAUUUGGGCGAGAAAAUUGCUCACAGACAGCAUAAGUUAGAAGCCGCUCUCCUGGCACUCGGGCAGUUCCAGCACGCGUUGGCAGAGCUGAUGGCCUGGCUGACCCACACCGAGGAACUGCUGGAUGCACAAAAACCCAUCAACGGAGACCCAAAAGUCAUUGAGGUUGAACUGGCGAAGCACCAUGUGCUGAAGAACGAUGUCCUGGCCCACCAAGCAACUGUGGAGACAGUGAACAAAGCGGGCAAUGAGCUGCUGGAAUCGAGUGCAGGGGACGAUGCCAGCAGCCUGCGAAACCGCCUGGAGAAGCUGAACUCGUGUUGGGAAUCGGUGCUGCAGAAGACGGAGGAGAGGGAGCAGCAGCUGCAGUCCACGCUCCAGCAGGCCCAGGGUUUCCAUGGUGAGAUUGAAGACUUCCUCCUGUGGCUAACAAGGAUGGAGAGCCAAUUGUCGGCAUCGAAACCCACAGGAGGUCUGCCAGAAACUGCCCGGGAACAACUCAAUGCCCACAUGGAGCUGUACGGGCAGCUGAAAGCCAAGGAGGAUGUCUACAGCCAGCUGCUGGCCAAGGGGCGACUGAUGCUGCUGAACCGCGACGACUCCGGCUCUGGCUCGAAGACAGAGCAGAGCGUAGCGCUGCUGGAGCAGAAGUGGUGUCUGGUCAGCACCAAGAUGGAGGAGAGAAAGGCGAAGCUGGAGGAAGCACUGGCCCUGGCCACAGACUUCCAGAACUCCCUGCAGGACUUCAUCAACUGGCUCAUGCUGGCCGAGCAGAGCCUGAACAUCGCGCCCCCGGCCAGCCUUAUCCUCAACGCCGUGCUGGCCCAGAUCGACGAGCACAAGGUGUUUGCCAAUGAGGUGAAUGCUCAUCGGGAUCGGAUCAUUGAGCUGGAUCAAACCGGGAACCAGCUGAAGUUUCUCAGUCAAAAGCAGGACGUGGUGUUGAUCAAGAACCUGCUGGUGAGCGUCCAGUCCCGCUGGGAGAAGGUCGUCCAGCGCUCGGUGGAGCGAGGACGGGCUCUUGAUGAUGCCAGGAAGCGAGCCAAGCAGUUCCAUGAAGCUUGGAAGAAACUGAUUGAUUGGCUGGAGGAUGCAGAGAAUCACCUGGACUCAGAGCUGGAGAUUUCCAACGAUCCCGACAAAAUCAAGCUCCAGCUCUCCAAGCACAAGGAGUUCCAGAAGACACUGGGGGGGAAGCAGCCUGUCUAUGAUACCACCAUCAGGACGGGCAGAGCCCUCAAAGAAAAAGCCUUGCUUCCAGAUGACACUCAAAAACUGGACAAUUUGCUGGGCGAAGUCCGGGAUAAGUGGGACACAGUGUGCGGCAAAUCUGUGGAAAGGCAGCACAAGCUGGAAGAAGCCCUCUUGUUCUCUGGCCAGUUCAUGGAUGCGCUGCAGGCCUUGGUGGACUGGCUCUACAAGGUGGAACCCCAGUUAGCUGAAGACCAGCCUGUCCACGGUGACCUGGAUCUGGUCAUGAACCUGAUGGAUGCUCACAAGGUCUUCCAGAAGGAGCUGGGAAAGCGCACAGGGACGGUCCAGGUGCUCAAGCGCUCCGGCCGGGAGCUCAUCGAGAAUAGCCGGGACGACACAACCUGGGUGAAGGUGCAGCUGCAGGAGUUGAGCAACCGGUGGGACACAGUGUGCAAGCUGUCCGUGUCCAAACAAACCCGCCUGGAACAGGCCUUGAAGCAGGCAGAGGAGUUCAGGACGGCCGUGCAGAUGCUGCUGGAGUGGCUCUCGGAGGCAGAGCAGUCCCUGCGUUUUCGGGCAGCACUUCCCGACGACGCCGAGGCGUUGCAGUCCCUCAUUGAUGCACACAAGGAGUUCAUGAAGAAAGUGGAGGAGAAGAGGGUGGACGUGAAUUCGGCGGUGGGCAUGGGGGAGGUCAUCCUGGCCGCCUGCCAUCCUGACUGCAUCACCACAAUCAAACACUGGAUCACCAUCAUCCGAGCCAGGUUCGAGGAGGUUCUCACGUGGGCAAAGCAGCACCAGCAGAGACUGGAGUCUGCGCUUUCCGAGCUGGUGGCAAAUGCAGAGCUUCUGGAAGAGCUCCUGGCUUGGAUCCAGUGGGCUGAGACAACCCUGAUCCAGCGGGACCAGGAGCCCAUGCCACAAAACAUUGAUCAGGUCAAAGCCCUCAUCUCCGAACACCAGUCUUUUAUGGAGGAGAUGACACGGAAACAGCCAGACGUGGACCGGGUCACAAAGACGUACAAGAGGAAAGCUACUGAGACCCCCCAUGGGCCUUUCAGCGAGAAGUCCCGCAGCAACAGAAAAUCCUUGAGUCAGGCCGCCCCCCCCAGCAUGCCCAUUAUCUCCCAGUCGGAAACAAAGAACCCCCGGAUUAACCAGCUCUCGGCCCGCUGGCAGCAGGUCUGGCUGCUGGCGCUGGAGCGGCAGCGGAAGCUCAACGAUGCCCUGGACAGGCUGGAGGAGUUGAAGGAAUUUGCGAACUUCGAUUUCGAUGUUUGGCGGAAGAAGUAUAUGCGCUGGAUGAACCACAAGAAAUCCCGCGUUAUGGACUUCUUCCGGCGCAUCGACAAAGACCAAGACGGGAAGAUCACCCGGCAGGAGUUCAUCGAUGGCAUCCUCGCCUCUAAAUUCCCCACCACGAAGCUGGAGAUGACCGCGGUGGCCGACAUCUUUGACCGUGACGGCGACGGCUACAUUGAUUACUAUGAGUUUGUGGCUGCACUCCAUCCCAACAAGGAUGCCUACCGCCCCACCACUGAUGCCGACAAGAUCGAAGAUGAGGUCACCAGGCAAGUGGCCCAGUGCAAGUGUGCCAAGAGGUUUCAAGUGGAGCAGAUUGGCGAGAACAAAUACCGGUUCUUCCUCGGCAAUCAGUUCGGCGAUUCCCAGCAGCUGCGGCUGGUCCGUAUCCUGCGGAGCACGGUCAUGGUUCGCGUCGGUGGAGGAUGGAUGGCCCUGGAUGAGUUUUUAGUGAAGAAUGAUCCUUGCAGAGCACGAGGACGGACCAACCUUGAACUCCGAGAGAAAUUCAUCUUGCCAGAGGGGGCCUCCCAGGGAAUGACACCCUUCCGAUCGCGAGGCCGAAGAUCAAAACCAUCCUCCCGGGCAGCCUCCCCGACACGAUCCAGCUCCAGUGCCAGCCAGAGCAACCACAGCUGCGCCUCCAUGCCAUCCUCUCCCGCCACUCCAGCCAGCGGAGCCAAGACUCCACAUCACUUCUCUCGAUGUUAUGACAAACCCUGGUUGAUAAACAGUAAAGCGGGCACCCCCCUGAGGGGAUUCGAUUAUUCCGACUUCCAGCUCCCGAGCGCCGAGGUGACCCCCUCGGCGGGCAGCAAGCUGAAGCGACCCACCUUCCACUCCAGCCGAACCUCCUUGGCUGGGGACACCAGUAACAGCUCCUCACCAGUCUCUACAGGUGCCAAAACCAGUCGGGCAGAUCCUAAGAAAACAGCCAGUCGUCCCACCAGCCGCGCCGGGAGCCGCACGGGCAGCCGGGCCAGCAGCCGGCGGGGAAGCGACGCCUCCGACUUUGACCUGCUGGAAACGCAGUCGGCGUGUUCGGACACUUCAGAGAGCAGCGUGGCUGGCGGGCAGGGCGGCUCCCGCCGGGGGGUGGCCAAACCCUCCAAAAUCCCAACCAUGUCCAAGAAAACAACCACCGGCACCCCAAAAACUCCAGGCCCUAAAAGAUAAUACUGUACCCACGCCCUCCUGAAAGAAAGAAAACCCAACAAAACCCAACCUGUGUCCAAUUUUUAACCCUUCUACGUACAUUGGAUGUAUAUUUAUUCUAAAUGGGAGAAACUAUAUUGUUAAAAGUGUAAAAGAAAGUUGUGUUAUGAAGCUGCCUUAUUUGGGUUUUUUGGUUUUGGUUUUUUUUUUUUCCUUUUUUGUAAGUUACUAUUUUCAUGUGAAUAUUUAUGUAGAUAAAAAUUGCCUCUCGGUGACCCCUGUUCAGAGAGGGGCCUGGAAAACUGAAAUGUGGGAGAGAAAGAAAAAAAAAAAAAAAAAAAAAAAGAAAAAGAAAAAAAAAAAGGAAGCAAAAAAAAAAGGUCAAGAUGUGAAAGUGUAAAGAAAAACUAAAAUAUAAAUAGGAUUUCUGCGCGGUGCAGGGUGCGAACCUGCUUUAUCUUUUAGGAUUGUUUCCUAAAUGCAUCUUUAUAAACUUAACUUGCUGUCUCAGCAAGGUAAAUUAUAUUUAAAAAACAAAGACCUGAAUCCUACAGUGUUCAAGGAACUCUCUUUUUGUAAAUCACAGAUACCUCAACCAGAGAAACAUGAGGUGAGGGGACUUGGGGCUUAUGUUUCCAUUUUUUUAAAGAUAUGUGGUUUUACCUGAAGAAAGCGGGGUUUGACUUAAUAAAAUUUGCACACACUACAGCAAAGGUCAUGACAAUUGCUGUCUUGAAAAUACUGUCCCGGCAACUUCGUUUUUAAAGAACAAACAAAUGGUGAUGGGUUAUUUCCGGGGGGGGUUCACGCCGAAGCCGGCCCGAGGAGAGCACGCUGGUAAGAUUGCAGGUCGGGAUCGCUCAGACACGUCCCUUAGCGGUGGUGGGUCCUACAGAUUAGAGGAUUCUUCUGGAUUGAUGGCCUAAGAGACCGACCCAAGACGUUCCUUACAGAAUUGCUAUUUAUCUGCAUCUCUUUUUUUUUUCCUAUUUAUUAUUUAACUGGUCAUUCCACUUCCAACCAGGCUGAGAUUGAUGUGACCUCUGCUCCUAGAAGAAAUCUGGACUUACACGCACAGUUGCUUGUCCUUGAAAUUGAGUCUCACCAGCACACUCGCUACAAGUCCUGUCUCGCUUUUGUACGCUACUUUUUCUUUGUAAUAAAAUCAAACUGACCAAGUGACCAGGAGACGGGCCGGGGGAGAGGGCUCUCCAGAGCUCCCGUAUUUAUUAAAUAUUCUUCCUCUCCGGCUCUGACCAUGUUGCUGUGUGAUUCUCUCAAUUGGUUUAAAUUGAGGCAAAACUGAAGCUCUACCAAUGAAUUGUUUAAAAACCAGACACAUUUUUGUAUUAAAAUUGCUUGCGGUAAUAAACAAUCUUGCCUCCUACUUUA